UCUUCCUGGCGGUCAUUUUGGUCCCGUAUCUGUUCCCUUGGUUAUCCCCUUUGGUGUUAAGUGACGGAAGGACCAGGCACUGGAGGCGGUUCCGAGAGCUCGCUACGCCGCAGCGUACGCAGUAAGCCUGGGGACAGCAGUGUCUGGGUCCUUGUCCUACUCGCGCACUAGCAUCAACCCUCCCGCUGAAUCAGGUGGCUGGGACCAACCUGAGGAUCUCUACGCAGGUUCCCAUGGCUACAGAAUCACUCUUGGAACCGUCAGAGCCCCUGUCUUGUCAGGGUAGUGUGACCUUUGAAGAUGUGGCAGUGUACUUCUCAUGGGAAGAAUGGGAUCUACUUGAUGAGCCUCAGAGAAAGCUAUACCUUGAUGUGAUGCUGGAGAACUUGGCACUUAUAUAUUCCCUGGGUUGCUCACGAGUAGCAGAGCAUGAGGUGGCACCUUCUGAACUGAGCAUUUCUGCAGGAUUGUCUCAAGUCAAGACUUCCAGAGAAGGUCCAUCUUCCCAGGGUGCCUGCCCUUAUGAUGUCUCGGGAGACAUGCUGCACUUGGCUGCCCACCAUGGAAAGGAAGUGUACACAUGUGGAGAACAACUCUACUUCACUACAAAUCUUCCACAGCAACAGAGGCAGUCCGUUAAGGAGGUCCUCUGCAGAAGCUAUGCUGAGAGACUCUCACUUGUGAAGAGCUGCAGUGUCCAUUUGUCAGGGCAACCCUUUACCUGCAAGGAAGCUGUGAAGGCCUUCCUGGUCAGCAUGGGAUUUCCACCCCAACCAGGCACUGAUGCACGGGAGAAACCAAGUAACAGAAACAAGUGUGUGGCGGCCUCUCACCAUGGAAAAAGUUGUCCAAGCAGGGGAAAAUGCAAGAAAGCCUGCAGUCCUACUGCUCAGGACCAUACUGUCCUCUCUAAAGAAGGGCUUUUUGAGUGCAGUAAAUGUGGGAAAGCCUGUACAAGACGAUGUAAUCUCAUUCAGCGCCAAAAAGUCCAGAGGGAAGAUAAAAAUAAGCCUUAUCAAUGUAAUGAAUGUGGAAAAUUCUUUACGUACUAUUCCCGCUAUAUUUUGCAUCAGAGAGUUCACACUGAAGAAAAGCCUUAUGAGUGCAGUGAAUGUGGGAAAUCCUUUAGUCAAAUCUAUAGCCUCAAUAGCCACAGGAAAGUUCAUGCUGGAAAAAAGCCUUAUGAGUGUGGAGAAUGUGGGAAAUUUUUUAGCCAACGGUCCAACCUCACUCAACAUCAGAGAGUUCACACUGGAGAAAGACCUUAUGAGUGCAGUGAAUGUGGGAAGUCGUUUAGUCAGAACGUUAGCCUCGUUUCUCACCAGAGAGUGCACACUGGAGAAAGACCUCAUGAGUGCAGCGAAUGUGGAAAAUCAUUUAGCCGGCGCUCUAGCCUCAUUCACCAUCACAGACUCCACACUGGAGAAAGACCUUAUAAAUGCAGCAAAUGUGGGAAAUCUUUCAAGCAGAGCUCCAGCUUCAGUUUACAUCAGAAAGUCCACACAGGAGAAAGGCCCUAUGUUUGUGCGGAAUGUGGCAAAUCUUUCAGCUGCAAAUCUAACCUCAUUAAACACCUAAGGGUUCACACUGGAGAAAGGCCUUAUCAGUGCAGCGAUUGUGGGAAGUCAUUUAGCCAAAGUUCCAGCCUCAUGCAGCACCGGAGAGUCCAUACAAGAAAAAGGCCUUAUCAGUGCAGUAAGUGUGGGAAAUCAUUUUGCAGCAAAUCUGUCCUUAUCCAUCAUCAAGAAGUCCACAUUGGAGAGAAACCUUAGCUGUGUAGGGAAUGUACACUCUAGAGUAUAAUUACACUGGAGGAGACCACCUGAGAGAGGGCUGUCUAUCUGAAUGGAAGCCCCAGUAUUGUAAUUUCCAGGGAUGAGGAGGCUUUACAGAGCUCUGAUAAACUUCCUGACCAGUGUGCGGCCCUUGCUGUUCCUAUUCCUGACCAUUGAAGCAGAAACCAUUUUUCUCACCACCAAAGUUCACACUAUCUGUCACAAAUUCAGAGAUGGUAUUUUGUUGGUUUUGUUUGGUUUUGUUUUUAUCUCUGUUACUGGAGGAAAUCCUGAGUAGCUUGAGCCAUCAUUCCCUUCUGUUUCAUAAAUUAGUGCAUGGACUUGACCCACUCUUGUACCAGAGACCCUAAUAAGACUGUUUGCAGAUAGCUUGUCGAGAACUUUUUCAAAGGACAUGUUAAUCUUGUGGCACUUUUUCCCCAGCCUCUGUAGCCCAAACCCAGAGACAGUCAGCCUCACGUUGUUUCAGUGUUUGUAAUGGUCAGUCUUUGUUUCAGCUGUUUGUAAUCUUGGGCUUCUGCUCAUUGCCUGAGAUGGCUUGCACAACAGAAUUAGGUCCUUCUGUCAUUAUAAACAGAAUGAAUUUUUGGGGGGUGGGGGGUUGUGGAGGUGGAGUUCACUUUAUGCAUUUGCAUCAUUAUAAUGGAAGAAUACAGCUCUCUUUCCACUUUGGGUCUAAUUUAAAUUGUUGCAAGGCCUCUGCAGAAGGACUGCAGGACUUUAUGGUACUAAGUUGUAGACUGGAUGUGACAUUUUGUGUGUGUGUGUGUGAACUCAGGAGACACCUUGAGAAGACAUUGUGAGAAAAUGAAGUUUCUGGGAGCCACAUGAAUAGUCUUACUGUGGAGAACCGAUGUGUAUGAAAGCUCUUAGGAAAUACAGGAAAGGGCAUCUUCUGUAAUGAGUCAGUAUCAGUAAAACAGCUAGGUCUGUGAAUUCCAUUCCAGUAGCCUUUCUGGAAUGUUUUCCUAAGGGCCAUGGCUUUACAAACCAGGAAAAUAAGCAGAGAGAGAAAGGAAAUUAGGUAGCAAUGUGACUUUGUGACCUAGCCACCUCCUCCCCGCCAUUCAUUGCUAGCAUGAGGUGCAACUAACACCAGUUGCUCUUCCAAGGUCAUGAAGAAGAACAUGAAAUUAAUAUAAGAUCACUGAAUCUAGUGAUAAACUCAACUCCUAACAGUGAGCAUAUUGACCACUUCUAAUUUAGCUCAUGCCAUCGUCUAAUCUCUAGUUCUUUACUUUCAGGCCUUUAGUUAUAUAGAUUUUAUUUUCAUAAUUUUAUAUGAUUUGGUUCAAAACCCUUUUUCUAGUUUGAUUUGUGGUAACUUUUGAGGUUAUCAAAGAGUUUUGUCUAAAUUAUUCAUUCUGUAUAUUGCUGAAUAGUAUGUUUUCUACAGAUGCACCAUUUAUUCAUCUGUUUGUGGAUAUCUGUGUUAUUUCUUGUUUGGAGUAACUGUAAAUGAAGCUGCUGCAAGCAGCACACGGUUCCUGUGCUGUGUAGCUUCUUGUGUAGUAA